UUGAGGAGAAUGUAAUGAUUUUUUUUUUUAAAACAGUGAACUCUUGAAACGUAGGAGGCCAAAUAAAGGAAACAUAGCGCACAGUUGAUCGUACCAUGAAAAGCAAAAGAGAGGCAACAAAACCCAUCACCGCCUGAACAGAGAAGAAAGAAGAAGAAGAAGAAGAAGACAUGGACGAAACAGAGAUGAACAAGAACAAGAGCAAGAAGAACAAGAUCAAGAAGCAAAAACACCAACACCCAAGUGACCAAUCCACAAAAUCAGCUUCUGAUUUCAAUUUCAAGCCAAGCUCUGAUGUAAAGGGCCUCAGAUUCGGCGGUCAGUUCAUCGUUAAAUCCUUCACAAUCCGGCGAGCUAGGCCUUUAGAGCUCCUCCGCCUCCUCUCUUUUCCGGCCACCACCAGAAACUCCGGCAACAAACCGCCGUUCCCAUCGGCCACAGCUUUCAUUCCCACAAACUUCACAAUCCUCGCUCACCAUGCCUGGCACACCCUCACUCUAGGCCUUGGCACCAAGAAGUCCAAAGUUGUUCUCUUUGUGUUUGAAAAUGAGGCCAUGAAAGCAGCUAUAGACCGUGUUUGGCCAACAGAAAUCCCUCUUGGCGAAGUGAACAAGAAGAUGAUCAGAGGGCUAUGUGGGUGCGAGAUGGCUCGGUUCAAAUUUAGAAAAGGGUGCAUAACUUUUUAUGUUUAUGCAGUUCGAAGAGAAGGGUGUUUUGGGUUUUCUUGUGCUGAUGAUUUGAGAACCAUUUUGGAAUCCGUUGUUGCUCUCAAAGAUUUAUUGGAUCAUACUGCUAUGUUGGCUAUGCCUCAUCAGAGAACCAUCAGCUUUGCUGCGCCUCCUGUUGCAAUGGCUUAUUAGGCUUCUAAUUAUAUUGCUAUUCAUUUUCCUCUAUUCUCAUAUCACCAAGCACAGAAGAUUGAUUGGUAAUGGUAAUUGGUUUAUUUGUUCAAACCUUCCUUUUCUUUCUCCAAGAUGAACAUUUGUCCUGUAGAGUGAAUAACACUAAUCGGACUACUUAUACAUAGUCUCUGUGCCUAAAUCUGUCUUUGUUGUGAUUGUGUGCACAGUUUGUUUCGUGAAAGGUGAAAUUGAAGAGCUUCCACUCUUCAACUACAUGGAAUUCUGUGUGUAAUAACAGAUAAAUUAUGAUGAUUUUGCAUCUACAGACCAGAAAUUCUCUCCCCUUUUCCCCUUUCUACUUAUUUUUAUCUCCAAAUUCUGUUCUUCUUCCUGUGGUAAUUGCUUAAAGAUCUCGAAUUAGCUAUAGAUUGCAUUGGAUGUCAACACAAUGUGAUUCCAAUCCCAGAAGAUGCAAAGAAUGGAAUCUGCAGUCCCAGAACUUCAUUGUUUUUUCACACCAUGAAGUGUCAAACCCAAAAUUGAUUCAAUCAAACACCAAAAGCAUACCAUCCAUUUCAUAAUUCAGACAGAACCCAUUAAUGAAAUUCGAAAAACCCAACAAAUUUUCUCAUUUCCCAUAACUUUUUUCUGUGUGGCAUUUCAUCGAACACUUGAUGCAUGUGAGGUCUGGUACAAUUAAAACGGCAGGUCAAAAUCUGCACCAACACCGCCACCUCCGACUUUGUGGUCUAAGAAAUUAAAGAAAGGGG